AUGGACAUAUUGGAUAUUUUCUUAAUCGUGGUGGCACUCCCUCUGGGCACCCAGUCCAACCACUAUGCGAAAGCCAGCACUGCCCACAUUGGGUUACACAUGGCUAAAAGAGAAGGCUUUACUAAAGUCUGGUUGGAGUCUGACUCGCUAAACACUGUCAACUACCUGAGUGGAUGCACGGAUCCUAGCUGGACGAUAGCUAACCUGAUCAAGGAUUGCCGAGAUAUAAUUAAUGAUCUGGCAGAUUUCAAAAUCUUGCAUGUAUACCGAGAAGGAAACAAGGUGGCAGAUCUACUGGUCAAUCUGGUGGUGGGAUAUGUGGUAGCCAAAUGGUGGAGCCGUAGGGAUGCUUUCCCCAAAAACCUGUGUGAGCUGGCCUAUGAUGAUUACUGCAUUAAUCAAUGA